CCUAGUUUCAUCCAUGCGAAAAAAUGAGAUAAUUGCUAACCUACCUGCCUUACCUUACAUAUCAGAAAUUGAGGCGCUAAAUGACAUUAGUAAUUUAUGGUAUUUCUAUCUUGAGGGUAUAACCGAAUCAGAAGUGCUAAAGAAAAACACUUAA